AUGAGUAGUAGUUUAAUUGAUAAUUAUCAGUGUUACAUCGGAUGUCUUCAUCACUGUAUUCAUUAUUCUAGACCAAUUAUAUUUAUAUUACUAGCUAAAUCAACAAUUUUCACCUCCAUUGGAGAUGAAGAAUUUAUGACUUUAGCUAAGUGUUUUUCAACCAAUGUAGUUUCAACAAAGUUAAUUCGAGGUCAAUCUGCUUCAACACAUCUCGGCUAUGGAUUUGUCCAAUACACCGAUUCUUCCGCUUCUGAUGAGGCUAUUUUACUAAUGCAGGGCGUUUACUCAAAGGGGAUUCCACUAGUAAUCAGAUCUACUUCAAAUUACACCUCUGUAUACACUUACGAUAAUGAUUCUGAUUCUACCAAACCCCAGACAGUGAACACUACUGUUCACGUUAGUAAUCUCAGUGACCAGGACUCUCAAGAUUCCAUCAAUGAUCUUGCCAAACCCUUUGGCGAAAUCGAGUCAAUUAAUUUCAUUCCAGACAGAAAAUAUUGUUUUGUAAAUUUUAAGAGAAGAGAGUAUGCGUUGGGGUUUUUAUGUCAUAUGGACAACUGGAACACCGGGAACAGUACUCUGUCUUGUUUCUGGGCCUUGCAUUCCAAUGAGCCGAAGUCGUACGAUAAAAAAUUACUCGAUAAAGAAAAAGAAGAUGAAGUACCCAACCGACCUAUUAUUAUACAGCUAAUUCUUGAAUUAAUUAUAUUAUUAAUUAUGGAAUUAAUGAAAUUUAUAGUUGUUUGGUAUGAAUUAUGCCAAUGA